AUGCCCAAAGAUGAGGAAGAGGACGAUGAUGAGGAGGAGAACUUGGCGCCUGAAGACGGUGCCGGCGAUGCAAAGCAGAAGAAGAAGCCCCGAAAGAAGAAGAAGAAGAAAAGCAAGCCUCAGGACGGCGACGAAGUGUUCGAGGACAUCUGUGCAGAUCCCAGGAACGGAUUGUACUGGCCAGCCCCAGAGGCCGUUCCAGUGGGUGAUAGCCCUCCGGGGAAGGACGAGGAGUGGGUCGACAUCACGACGCUGUGCGACCUGGCAGUCAACGGAAUGAAUGUUGGCGAGAUGGUGGAGAGCUCCACCUUCCGCCUCUACGACGCUAUGUCUGCCAUCGAGAUUAUGGAUCCGAAGAUGGAUACCGGCUUCCGAAGCAACGAGGACAUGAGCUUGGAGAAAGCACUCACAUCCGGCCUCGUUGGCAAGGUAUUGGAAGAGAAGGUGCUGGCUGGCGUCAUUGACCACUUGCUGAUGUACUACUUGCUCUGGCUGGAUGGGCACACCAUUAUUCAGACAUGCUUCUCAUGCCUUUACUUGCAGGACCCAAAGCGGCUCCUGGCCCCCUUACCAGAACUUGCAUCCUUCGUGGAUGCACUCCUGAUAGUGUGCCAGCAUGCGCAGAAUGCGGUUACGGCCGCCGGGGUUUUUGACGACGAGGACUUCGUCCCCACGAUGUUUGGAGUUGACCUGCAGGCCUGCGUCUUCAGCAGUGACCCACAGAAGGUCUCCAACCGUCUGCGCAAAGAGUGCGACAGGCUACGCGCUGGAAAAGGCGACCUGGUGGCCUGCCGUUUAGAGUUCAUGGAGCAAUACAUGUUGGCGGUGGUCAGCCUGACUGGCCCGAACAAAGGUGAAGCCGCGACGGCUCACCUGGACAAGUCUUUGCAACUAUUGCAGAGGAUGGAGGCCAAUGCGGAGCCCCCGAGUGAUGAGGUUCUCCAGAGGUUCGACGCAUCCACGAACAGGAAGUUGCUUGUACCUGGUCCGCCGCGUACCGUGGAGCCCAUCAAGGAUCCCAAAGUUGCUUUCAAGAUGUGGACUUGCCACGUGCAAGAGCUGACUGCAUGUACGUCACUCUUAGACAGGUCGUUGAAUCAGCUGCUGCAGGGUGUGGUCGUGCACAAGGACGAAUCGCCGAACGUGCUUGUCCGCUCUAUAGCCCAGCUGACCGUCGCGGCUCCCGGCUUCGUUCGGAGGUUGCUUCUGGAGUCCCUGGAGACGCACCUGUUUCCGCCAGAGGCUCUGCAGCACUGCAAGCGCCUGGCAGAUCCGUUCAUCAAUCGUUGCGAGUCCAUGUUCCUGCAUCUCAUGAAGCUCGCUCACUUGAACACCACCCGACGCUUCAGACGGUUGGCACAUGUGUUUCCAGACUUCAACGAACUUCAGCAUGAGGCCUGGCGCUUGGACGAGGCCUUGAAAGCCACCUUUGCCGCGAACCUUCGGUACAACCGGCCGUCCUGGGCUUGGAUCCAGGAGUUCACCUUGCAAGCGAUGGUUUCCAAGCUGCUGCUGGGUUUCCAACUGGAGCUGUACGAUGAGGCGGAGUUUCAUAUGAUCUACUGGUAUGUGGAUUAUUUGCUUGGCCUGCGCAUCUACAACCUCAAUGAAGUCUUCCAUUCAAAGGAAGCCACUGCAGGAGGUGGCAAGAAGAAGUCCCAUCCGCGGCCCAAGGAUGCUCUGGGGAAGCUGAAGCCGAGGAAUCCGCCCACGAGCUUGCUGCUGCUCGAAGCGACGCAAAGUCUGGUGCGUGGGCUAUUCAGAGCUUUGGCUUUCUGCUGCCACGGGCUUCUGUCCAGCCCUCCUGCAGUGGAAGCUGGCUUGUGCCAGCGCUUCGUUUUGAGGUUCAGAAGCCUUGAGCAAUUCCGCCUGCCACAUCUGCCGUCCUUUGAGGACUUCAAGCAGUCGGCCGUCCUUGCCCAGGACUGCGCGGAAAGGCGCUCUGUGCUCCAAGCCUCGCAAAACUCAUUCUUGGAGGCCACGCAGCUCCUGGACAGGGUCCAGCCAGCUCUAAAGGAGGAGAGUGCCGAGUGUGCCGGACUGGCGCAGUCGUUGCGUCGUGUGGUCGUGGCCAACCAACUGGGAGUCACACAGCUGCUGCGAUGCCUGGACUCUGGAGCAGAGGAGUUGGCGCGCAAGAGAGUCACAGCCGAGCUCGUCCAUCACAAGCAGUUUGUGUCGCUCCAGGUCGUGGACAAGUGA